UGCGUGGCCCUGUUUCGUGUUUGUUCUCACGCUGAGCUCCAAGCAGAGGGCUGCCCCUGUGCGGAUUGAUCCCGAGGGCGUGUUCACUGCGUUUGUUCAGCACACAAACAGACAGACGCAGAGCGCACUCUGGAAAACUUUUCCCUGCACUUCUCCCAAAUGGAACAGGUGGAAGCUGUCAGAUAAGGAUGGCUGGGCAGCGGGUUGACUCAACUCUCGACCUGAGCCACCUGACGGAGGAGGAGCAGUCCUCCAUCCUGCAGGUCCUACAGCGAGACUUGGAGUUACGUCAUCUCGAUGAAGGUCGAGUAAGGAAUCUGGAGCAGACAGAAAAAAAUCCGUCUCGUCUGCGCCUCCUUUCUGGAGAAUGGUUCAGUGAGGAGUACAGUAAACGCCAUUGCAGAUGGACUUCGGGCUCUGACCUCAUUCGGGCCUCCAUACGCCACAGAAAGACAAAGAGCAGAGAUGUGAACUUGAAUAAGCUGUUCAUCGGAGAGAAGCAGGAAACGCCGGUGAACGGCGUCCUUCCUGAGGCAGGAGGAAGACAGCAGGACAAAACAGAAGAGGGAAGUGGAAGAAGUGAGGAAAAUCUGAAACCCGACUUACUGAGACCUGAUACACCAGCAGAGCAUGUUUUGAAUCAUGCGAACAGUUCUCCAUGCAAAGAGUGCGAAACAAGAAAUAAUGGCCACUCAGAAGAACCUGAGGAAGACUUCAUUGCGGGUCUCAACGGGGACUCAGACUCUCCUAACGGCAGCCUGACAGAGCCAGAUCCAGCUUUUGUGAAAACCAGCAGCUCCAACGGUAGCCUUCAAUCAAGCUACACGCUCGGUGGAAGCAUGAUGAGUCUGUUCAGCUCGGGGGAUUUCGGAGCGGUGGAGGUGAGGGGCCGUAUCCAGUACUCACUGAUUUACGACAAUCACAGGGAGGAGCUCCAGGUGAAAGUGUAUCGCUGUGAGGACAUUGCUUCAGCACGCAAGAACCGCUCCGACCCAUAUGUAAAGAGCUAUCUUUUGCCAGACAAGUCGCAUCACAGCAAGAAGAAAACGUCGGUCAAGAAGAAAACAUUAAACCCGGUCUAUGAUCAGACACUCAGAUAUAAAGUCCUUAUCGGGGAGCUGCGCAGUCGGACGUUGAACCUCUCUGUGUGGCACGCUGAACCUCUGGGAAGAAAUGUGUUUCUCGGGGAGGUGGAGGUGGCCCUGGGACUCUGGGACUGGACCUGCACUGAACCCCUGUGGCAAGAUCUGCAGCCCAGGGUUCACCUGAAUCCAGAGUCUAUCAGCACCAGAGGAAACCUCAUGUUGUCUAUUAAAUUUGCUCCUGAGGGAUCUGAGGGUGGCGGUCUGCCUUUGACAGGAGAGGUUCACAUCUGGCUCAGGGAAGCUCAAGGUCUCCUGACUAAGAAAGGAGGUGCUAUUGACUCCUUUGUGAAAAGCUACAUCCUUCCAGAUGUCAGUCGACAGAGCGGUCAGAAGACGCGGGUGGUGAAGCACUCCAUCAGUCCGACGUACAACCACACCAUGGUCUACGACGGCUUUCAAAGCAGCGACCUGAGGGAGGCCUGUGCCGAGCUCACCGUCUGGCACAGAGACGGACUGAAGACGGACAGUCUGGGAGGGGUUCGUCUGAGCUGUGGGACCGGUCAGAGCUACGGCGAAGUCGUUAGCUGGAUGGACUCCACGGAAGACGAAGUCACCGUGUGGACCUCCAUGAUCGAAAACCCGAACCGCUGGAUCGACAUGACGCUGCCGAUCAGAACUAACCUGACUCAGCGGCCUGUGUGACCGUAGCGUCUUGCACUCCAACACUCAUUCAUGUUCCAUCUGUUGGACUGAUGGGAGAAACCCCUUGUUAUUGGCACCAUGUAACCUCUCUGUUAUGAUGUACACUGACGCUCACACGGAAAAUGAAGUCGGUAGUUGUGCAAUAUUCUUAAAGUAUAGGAAUAAGUCAUGUGUCUGCAGAUGUCUGCGUUUUAAAAUUAACUUUGCUCACUCAGUAUUUAAUCUGGUAAAAAAAAAGCAUUUAUAAUCAAUUGCAGUUUACUCAUUUAAUAUUAAAUGUAAUCUAUAAAUUAGUGAUUGUUCUCGUUGACACUUAUGGCUGGAAGCAUAAAAAUAUGGUUUUUACUGGACAACAGCAGAUACCCAAUGUUAAUCCUCUUUUUCCUAUUUGUAUUAGGGCUGUUACAUUCUUUUCAAUCAUCUUUGACUCUGUUAGUAAAAAUAAGUUUGAUAUUCUUUCAUUAGUGGCUCAUUUGUAAACACAUUUGAAUGAUUCUCGUUGCAAUCUUGUGUUUGAACCUCAUAACUACACACUUUGUAACGAAAUUAUUUAAAUGACUAUGUGGUUAGUAGCCUAAACAGAAGAUAAGGUCAUGUAAUGUUACACUUUUACAAAAGAAGGUGUUUAAACGUC